AUGGGCACCACCCUCUCCGCCGCAUUUCUGAGCUCCUCCAGAGGAGAACACGACAAGCCGCACACUCAGGCGCACCGAGCACAGUUGCGUGCAACGAGCCGCCAUCACAAACCGGGCCUCGCCAUAACCUCCCUUACGACCACAAUGGACGCGUUCCCAGCCUUGACGCCGGCCCAGUGGUGCCAGGUAUUCUUCGGGCUUUCGACAGCGGCAGUCUUGGCCAUCCAAGUCGUCCCAAAGACAACGCAGCGUCUUCUGCUGGACUACGGCGCCCGCUCGCCGGCCAAUACCACCGGCGACAAGACGAAAGAGGCGGCUGGUCCCAAGGAAUUGGACCUCUUCACCAAAGCCGCCAAAGCGGUGACGUCCUUUGGUCAGAUUCCACACUCGUGGUUUAUGCAUUUUUACGUCGCGUCCGUUGCGGGCUCGACUUUCUGGGCAUGGCAGUAUCUUCAAAGCGGCUCGGCCAUGACCUUCAUCGCUGCUCGGCAAGCGGCCUCGGGGGGCCCUUCGAUGAGCAUCGAGCAGACGGGACUUGUCUGGACGUUGAUGGCGCUGCAGGGCACGAGAAGAUUAUACGAGUGUCUCUUUGUCAUGAGGCCGGGAUCUUCAAAAAUGUGGUUCGUCCAUUGGCUGCUUGGAUUGGGUUUCUAUCUCUGCAUGAGCGUAUCCGUAUGGGUCGAUGGGUCAGACAGCCAGACCGAGGUUGGAGAGCCUGCUGUCGCCUACGGUCAUCACUGGGGCCGCCGCGUACCUCUACGGCUGGACCCAUCAGCAUAA